UGUGAUUCGUCGAUUAGAAUAAAAUGCGUGGACAUUUGAUUAUCAUCAAUCAUAUAUUGUCAUCAAUUGAUCAAUCUGUCAAUUUCAACUAAUAAUAAUGAUGAUAAGUUCAAUUUCGAUCUUGGCGUUUUCAAUACUUUUGCUAUGUUCACCAUUGCCAUUAUUGUUCAAAGAAGUUGAUUGUUGGCCAGUCAACGAGAAUGUUAAACAGCAGAAAAUUGAACAGGAUAUCGCUGUCAAACAGAUAAAAGCCUGUGAAUUGGAUCCAGAAUGUUUUGGGUGUUGGAAAAGUGUCGAUAAACAAUUAAUAACCAAAGCAUCGAAUGAAUUUUCUGCCUGCCGAUUGCCAUCAUGGAUGUCUGUACCGUUCAGGAAUGUCGAACAGGAUUAUUGCUGCCAAUUAUGGUCAACAUUUGAUUGUCGUUCGGAAAUUGCCUCUCGACAUUGUACAUUGGCUGGCUACAUAAAAUAUCGUCGUAAUAUGAUUGUAUGGGCAAAUAGUCUCAUGUCUAACAAUAUUUGUGCAUUGUUUGAAUAUGAAUCCGAAAAAUGUCGGCCACAACAACAAAAGAAUUUUAUUCUCGAUGAAUUUGAUGAUGUUAGGCAAUUCAUGUGACAAUGAUCAAGCAAAUUGUGAAUCAUUUAUUUUUAAAGUAAUUAAUAAAUUGCCAAAGAAAAUUGAGAACAAAAUAUAAA